AUGGGUUAUGUCUAUUAUUCGUCGAACGGAAUGAUCGUUACCGGGGCCUACCGCUCGUCGACGGCGGGUUCGGACGCGCCCCCCGCACCUCCGCUCUUCCUACCCCCGCACCUCUCGCAUCUAUCGCAGCAUCUCAACCAUUUGUCGCAACCCUUCUUCCCCUUGAAAGGUUGGGGUGCCCCCUGUCCCUGCUGCCCCAAAGAAGAGGCGCGUUCAACGAGCGUAGCCGAACUCAGACGCAAAGCACACGAGCACUCAGCAGCCUUAUUGCAAUCUCUCGCCAACUUCCAAUCAAGAGCUCUUCUGCCGUUACCACUACAUCUUCCACCCCUAUCGCUAUCUCUCUUACCACAUGAUGCACAGCCAUCAACCACGCAGGCGGAGCCACAGAAACAUAUAGAAUAA